AUGAGGUGCUGGGGCCAGCCCAUCUCCCUGCCUCUUCUCCCCACUGAGCAGUCGGAAGAGCAGAGAACCCUCACAGACCUGUGCACCUGCAGACCAGGUAGCCACCGUCGGAGGCCAUGGCCCGCAUCAUCGACCUGGUGCCCUGGGAUGACGGCUCCACGCACAUGUAUGCCUCCCCGGCCAUUCUGCUGCCUGUGGAGCGGACACGCAACCAGUUGGCCGGCGUGAAGCAGCAGCUCUACCACCCGGCCCUGCCCAGCCUGCGCCGCAUGGACAUGGACUCGGUCAGGGCCUGCCUUUCCGACGAGCACUGCCAGUCCACCACCUACUGCCUCAAAGGUCCAGCCACCUGGCUGCCUCUGGGCCUUGGGGGAAGGGAUGAUUUUGACAAUGCCCACUUCACACUUUUGGGUGUCCCCAACAAACCCCUGCAUUGCUUGGACAUCACGGCGACCGGCCAGAAACUCCGCAACAGGUACCGCGAGGGAAAGCUGGUACCCAUUGCUCCAGGCAUCAACCGGCCGGACUGGCCCCGCUUCACACGCGCCAUUGAGGACUGGUCCCGCUUCGUGUCCGCCGCCGGCGAGUUCAAGCUGCCCUGCCCGAGCAGGAAGGGCGAGAGUUUCAGCGGCUACGCGGUGCGGUACUUGAAGCCGGAGGUGACCCAGAACUGGCGGUACUGUCUCAACCAGAACCCCAGCCUGGACCGCUACGGACAGAAGCCCCUGCCUUUUGACUCCCUGAACGCUUUCCGACGCUUUGGCUCAAUCUACAGCCGUGUCAACUACCAGAUCCCUUGGCAUUAAUCUGUGAAAAGGAAGCCAAGCUUCAGGCUGCUGGACUAUGUCAUCUCAGUUUCUCCAGCAGGACAGAGGGUAUAUGGUGGCAUCACUCAUCUCCCUAAGAGUUCAGCCUGACUGGAAAUAAACCUAGUAAUAAUAA